UCUCAAAGUCCCAGUGAGCAAGCCGUAGUUCCCAUUUACGCCGCAUUCGAACAGCGCCAUCAUCUACAAAUUGUUCGACAGAAGUAUUUUACUCAAAUUCAUCUGAAAAUGCUAUCUAAAGCCAGAUUAUUGGCCGUUCAACGCAGUCCCGCUACCGCCAUGGUAGUUGCUCGCGGCACAUCUUCCGAGGUCAAGUUUGAGCGCCCCGUUCGACGAGAGCACCCAGAAAAGGUCCGAAUGGGAUUCAUUCCUGAUUCAUGGUUCAAGGCUUUGUACCCCAAAACUGGUGUCACGGGUCCCUACAUGUUCGGCACAGGUCUCGUCACCUAUUUGUGCUCCAAGGAAAUCUACGUCAUGGAACACGAAUUCUACAACGGGCUCGCCCUCGGUCUCAUGGUUAUUUUUGCCGUCAAGCAAUUCGGACCUGCUGUCGCUAAAUGGGCCGACAAGGAGAUUGACGCCAUCGAAGCCGGCUACAACGAGGGUCGCAACAAACAAGUCGAAUUCCACACGCAGGAAAUCGAGGAGGAGAAGACCGCGCAAUGGCGCACCGAAGGCCAAAAAAUGCUCAUCGAGGCAAAACGCGAAAAUAUCGCCUUGCAAUUGGAAGCUGCCUACCGCGAACGUCUCGCCAUGGUCUAUUCGGAGGUUAAGCGUCGUCUUGACUACCAAGUGGAACGCCAGAAUGCCGAGCGUCGCAUUGCCCAACGUCACCAAGUCAACUGGAUCGUGGACAAUGUCUUGAAAUCCAUCACGCCAGACCAGGAAAAGGCAACCAUCAAUCAGUGCAUCGCCGAUUUGGGUGCCUUGGCAUCGCGUGCAAAGUAAAAAAAAAACAAUUUCCAUCACUGUGUUUUGAUGUCUGUUGAAGAAAAGUCGCAAAGUACGAACGAUUGUAGAUAACUAAAAAAAAACUCCCAAUAAAAAAGGCGAAAAUCUGAAA